AUGGACGUUUCCACGCCGGUAAACCUUUUCGAAGAUCUAUUAGAGGUGGACGAGGUUGAUCGUGAUGUGUUUUGCUCCAGAAAACUCGUUUCCGGUGUCCCAGGAAGUUCGCUUGUGUACGGUGGUCAGGUGAUCGCUCAGGCGUUGAUGGCCACUCUUAAAACUGUUCCUGAAGCUUUUCAUCCGCAUAGUUUGCACUGCUACUUCGUUCUUGGCGCCGACUUCGAAAAGCCGAUCACGUACAGCGUGGAACGCAUUCGUGAUGGUAGAAGCAUUUAUUCAAGGCACGUCAAAGCGACGCAGGACGAUCACACGGUUGCGACUUGCGAAAUUUCGCUUCAUAAGGUAAAUAAGCAGAAUUAUAUGUUUGCGCAUAUGCACAUAAGUAUGCACUUGCAUAUAAUUCCACUAAAAUUAAGGAACGUACCUUCGUAA